GAACGCCGUCUCAGACCCUGAGCAAUAUAAACCUAGAAACGGGUAGCAAAAUAGUACAACACCAGCUUCAUAACUUCGCUUAUCUUCUUCUUUCACACCGUUUCUUUCUCUGCGGAACUUCCUCUCCUCAAAUUUCUGCUACUUUUACUUCUCUUGAGCUGCUACUUUUGUUCGCUAUAAUCAUUACAAUAUAGUGGUCAGAAUGGCAGAGGCAGAGCAAGGUUUUGUUGAGAACAAUGAGGAACAGAAUUUUUCUAUUCAGGAUAUUGAACAGCACCAUGUUGCUGGUGAUGAGUUUGACCAGCAAAAUCUUGUUGGGAAUGUGCCGGAAGAGUACCAUUUUGUUGGGGAUGAGUCCGAGAACCAAGGGUUGGCUGUAAACGACCAAGAUUUUGCUGUGAAUGAACCUGAAAAUAACUUUGGAGAUAUUUCUGAGCCAAAUUAUACUGAAAAUGAGGAUGAGCAUACAUUGGAUGGCGAACAGGCUAUUCAUGAGUUGGACGAGGACCAGCUGAAACAAGAAUUUGCUGAUAAUGGAACUAAUGGAUUGGAUAAUGCUCCAGUUAACUCGCAUUUAGACAAAAAGGAUGAACAGGGAAAUAAUUUGGCAGGUGGUGGCGUUGAAAAGAAAUGGCCUGGGUGGCCAGGAGAGAGUGUCUUUAGAAUGUUGGUACCUGCCCAAAAGGUUGGGAACAUCAUUGGUCGCAAAGGUGAGUAUAUUAAGAAAAUUGUUGAGGAGACCAGGGCCCGCAUCAAGAUUUUGGAUGGCCCUCCAGGAUCACAAGAGAGAGCUGUAAUGGUCUCAGCUAAGGAGGAUCCAGAUGCUUCUCUUCCACCAGCAAUGGAUGGACUUUUGAGGGUUCACAGACGUAUUGUUGAUGGACUGGAUGUUGAAUCUCAGGCUCCAGCUCAGGCUCCAGCUCAGGCUCCACCUGCAGGUGGCAAGGUUUCGACAAGGUUGCUUGUGCCUGCCACCCAGGCUGGAAGUUUGAUUGGAAAGCAGGGGGCCACCGUUAAAUCGAUCCAAGAAAGUGCAAGCUGUAUUGUUAGGGUUCUUGGGCAAGAGGACCUUCCAAUUUUCGCUCUUCAAGAUGAUCGAGUGGUUGAAGUAGUUGGAGAAGCUGUUGAUGUUCACAAAGCCAUUGAGCUAAUUGGAACGCAUUUGAGGAAGUUUUUGGUAGAUCGUAGUAUAAUACCUCUCUUUGAAAAGCAGAUGCAAGCCCCAAGUAACCCCAUGGAGCAUAUGCCACCUCAGCCUUGGGGUCCUCCUCAUGGUCUUCCACCAAGUGGGGGAGGUGGACAUGGGGGUUAUGGAUCUGGUAUGCAAUACAUGCCACCACCACGUCAACAUGACAAUUAUUAUCCACCAGCAGAAAUGGCACCACCACCUGAUAGGCAGCCUCACCAAGGCAUAUCAGCUUAUGGAAGAGAACCUCCAAUGGGUGGCCAUGCUUCAUCUAAUGCUCAGCCAACACCAUCUAUGAUCACACAGAUCACGCAGCACAUGCAGGUCCCAUUGUUAUACGCAGAUGCUGUGAUCGGUACCAACGGUGCUACUAUAAGCUACAUUCGGCGUGCCAGUGGGGCUACUGUUACUAUACAGGAGACCAGAGGAGUUCCCGGAGAAAUGACUGUUGAGAUAAAUGGAACUGCAUCACAAGUUCAAGCAGCUCAACAGCUCAUACAGAAUUUCAUGGCAGAGGCAGCGGCAGCCACAGCACCAACCCAAACAAGUGCUGCAACUGACCAAGGUUAUAGCCAAGGUUAUAAUUCAUAUGCUGCUCCUGCAUCAGUGUAUGGAUCUGCACCGUCUAGUGGUGGACACGCAAGCCAGCCUGGAGCUUAUGGAUCAGUUUACGGUGGAAAUUAUGGAUAUUAAGUUUCCUGUGCACUUUGUUCCUUUAGAUUUAGCGUGUCACUGAAUAAUCAAAGUUAGGAAAGGCUGUAUUACUAAGGUAGUUUCCAAUUAUAUCUACAAAAUGUUUUUGACUUCUUAAACGUGCUUGAAUUGCUUCUCGGAACAUGAGCUGUACCGACUUCAUUCAGUUUUUUUUGUGUGAAAUAUAUGGACUCCAGUCGUAUCA